AAAUUUCCACCAACGGCUGUCUCUCUUGUAACCCAGAGAAUACGUUUGACAUGCUCCACUCUCUACCUACUGUACCACGCUAAUAUCUACUGCUAAUCCGUGUCUUGACAUACAAUCUACCGAUAAGUACUAAUAGUUGGGUCGAACACCGCGCGGGAUUGAGGCGAAUUCAUCGCUGUGACACUGCCAUACGGGAUUCUCGAUCUCUAUGCGCAGGUCCAAGCGAGCCUGGAGAUUGAAUCCUGGGGUGCUGAAUGUGGAAAUGCACCGCGAAGCCAUUCUGUAAGGGCAAGGUUCUGACAACCAAAUAUCUAUUCACCUACGCCCACCUUUGGUCUGUCAUGGCCAGAACCGCAAAAUGUCUUUUAGACGUGCUCUUGCGCCAUACAUUCAGCAUCCUGAAACAAAAAUCAAGAGCGAUUUAGUCUUCUACGAUGACAAGGUCACCAUCAUCAGAGACGCCUUUCCAAAGUCCCGGGUACACUAUUUGAUCCUUCCCCGUGAUCCAUCCAUUACUCGCCAAUCGCCGCUCACUGUGUUUGAUGGGGAGAAAGGCGCCCGCUUGAAAGCUCAUUUGGCACCGUACGUCACAAUGGCUAAGCGGUUGGUCAUAUGCGAAAUGUACAACAGUGUCUGGGGCGAAGCCAUACAACAGACCUAUCCCCCCGAGGACGAUCCGCAGUGCAAACGGUAUGAGAACUAUGGGGAAGCCUUCCACAGUCUUGUCGAUGAAGAACACUUGGACGAAUAUGUUCUAGCAGGGUUCCAUGCUGUCCCCUCAUUGGAAAAUUUGCACAUUCACGUACUCACGGGCGACUUCACGAGCGACCGGUUAAAGAACCGAAAGCAUUACAACAGCUUCAAUACUCCGUUUUUCAUUAACUUUGAAGAUUUACCGUUUUCCCCUGCGAGAUUGGAAGCAGCCAGGCGGAAUGGAAUUGACUAUCAAAAUGCUAAAGCCAUGGAACAGAUUGUCAAAACUACUGACUUGCGGUGUAUUCACUGCGGCGAAAACUUCCGCGGCCACUUUGCACAGCUCAUGCCCCACCUCAGGGAUGAGUACGACAAGAGAUUUACCGAUGCGACCUAGGUUUCUAUAACAUGAGUGUGGCCACGGUGGGGUGAAUAAUAAAAGGUAUCCUGGUAGAGUUAGAUUGUAAUCUACGUGGGAAAAAACGGGAUGGUGACCAUGGAGUCUGAACCCGUCACUACAAUCAUUUCCUGUGUGUAUACAUGAUUGCAUCCCGAGUCUUUAACGUGUCCCAACUCCGAGAAUUACCCAGACGUCCAGACUCCGCGCUUACCUCUGGGAAGUGCAUGUUUAACUAGGUUUCUUCAAAGAAGGGCAAAAAUAUGCGACUUCUGUGGAUCGAACACAGGACCUUUAGAUCUUCAG